AUGAUCGUUACUAAGGUGUCAAAGGCUGGAGAACGGAAUAAGGAUCAUGGAUGCUCGAUGGAAGGAAAGGAUCACUUGAUCCAAAGCACCAAGAAAAUCAAAACCAAUGUAGAUCUGGAGGAUGAAGCCAUGGGGGAAAAAUGUGGCGAUGGAGAGAACUCAGGCGCAGAACAAAGGGAGACCAAUAGGACCAAGGAUGCUUCAAAGUCUUUCAAACAAGCAUUACUUCAAUCGCGAUUCAACGAGAAUGGGAAUGAAAAGAACUUUGAUCAUGAUGUUGACGAAUUAUCCUCUAAUAAAGUAGCCACAGAUAUGAUGAAGCUCACAAAGAAUGAGGAUGGGGAGAUAGAGGAGGAGAUAGAGGAGGAGAGGGAUGGGAUUCUUAGAGUUAAAAUACCAACAAAUUUGUUGAAAAAAAUUAGAGAGCCAUGGAGAAAAUGCUUGAUUGUGAGACUGUUGGGGAAAACCAUAGGCUAUAAGCUAUUUAUAGCAAAAAUGACUGAGAUUUGGGAACUCGAAGCUAAUUUUGAAGCCCGGAAUGGUUUCUUUAUUGUCAAGUUUGACUUGAUUGAUGAUUACAUGAAGGUAUUUACUGGAGGACCAUGGAUAGUAAUGGAUCAUUAUGUUAUAGCGAGAAAAUGGCAACAAGAUUUCAAGUUGAAUGAAGCAGAAGGGGACGCCACAACGAUAUGGGUGAGGUUCCCCACCCUGCCCUCUGAGCACUACAACGAGAAAGCCCUAUUCCAUAUUGCUAAAGUGCUAGGAACUCCAUUGAAGAUUGACAUCAACAUAGCUAUGGCAGCAUGGGGAAAAUAUGCUAGAGUCUGUGUAGAGAUGGAUCUCCAAAAGCCAUUGGUUUCCUAA